UGAUCCUCCUCUCCUAGUUCUCAAAGUUUCGACUCCGAUAGUCCGAUCUCCAUCGAUUCUCCCCACGUGCUCUCCCCUCUCCCUCUUCGUCUCCGCCCGUCUCGCUAGGGUUUCUGAGAUCGCCCGCCUCUUCGCACUCCGAUCUCCCUACCCAUAAGGCGUGGGGAACCCUAGAUCUUCGUUUCGCCAUGGAGGACUACCCUGAGGAGCUCCGGACCCCGCCGGUGUCGCUGGCGUGCAUCGUGGGCUGCCCGGAGCUCCACCAGACGAUCUCCGGCUUCCUCCACGCGGAGCAGCCGCCGAUCAACACCCUCGCCCUCCCCGACUUCUCCAAGAUCUCCCUCCUCGCCCGGAAGCAGAGGGACCCCCUCGCCCCUCCCCAGCCCGCCGCCGGGAUCUUCAAGAGGGACUGGCUCUUGAAGCACCGCACUAGGGUUCCCGCCGUCGCCGCCGCCCUCUUCAGAUCCGAUCACGUCACCGGCGAUCCCGCGCAGUGGCUUCAGGUCUGCACCGAUCUUGAGAAUCUGAAAUCUGUGUUACAUGGAAGAAACACCAGAUUAGUGGUUGUCAUUGUUCAGACUCAAGUUAGCGAUGCGUUGAGUGAAGACCUCAUGAUUGCAUUGAGAAAACGUGCAGAGAUUGAUGCUAAGCACCUAAUUGUGUUUGUUCAGAAUGAUUCAUCCGAAUUAAGACAAUCACUAAACAGGCUUGCAAGCUUAUUUUCCGAGUUAUGUAUGACUUAUUAUAGAGAGGAAGGUCGAAGGAUAAGAAUCCGUGUUGAGAAGAAGACCUUUACUUCUACUGAGCUAAAUAUACGCUACUGUUUCAAGGUUGCUGUUUAUGCUGAGUUCAGAAAAGAUUGGGCAGAAGCAUUGAGAUACUAUGAAGAUGGAUAUCGUGCUUUGCGUGAGAUGACUGGGACCACAACAAGGUUGCCACCAAUCCAACGCCUAGUUGAGAUAAAAGCAGUGGCUGAGCAGCUGCACUUCAAAAUAUCGACUUUGUUACUCCAUGGUGGAAAGGUGGUAGAAGCAAUUACAUGGUUCCAUAAACAUGUUACGAGUUACAAACAGCUAGUGGGGGUGGUUGAAGUUGCUUUCCUUCACUGGGAUUGGUUCAGUAGGCAGUUCCUUGUUUUCGCUGAGUUACUUGAGACGAGCUCGGCGGCUAUUCCAGCCACGUUGUCUCAUUUUGGCACAUCAGAUAAUCCUUUGACUGAGUGGGAAUUUCAACCUGCUUACUACUACCAGUUAGCAGCGAAUUACUUGAGAGAAAAGAGAUAUUCGUUAGAUAACUUAUUAUCAACGUCAGACCUGGCAAGAAAAGUUGCUGGUGUUCCAGAGUCUGUGAUCCCAGCUUUAUAUCUUGGCCAAUCAGCACGCUUGUUUGAAGAAGGUGAUACAGUUGCAGUGCUUCCUCUUUCUGAUGCAGAAUACAUUAGCUAUGCAUUGGCAGAAGCAGAAAGAUAUCAAGAUGCAUAUGAGAUUAUUGCCCUCUUCAGAAAAGCUUAUGAAUCAUUUAAUCGCCGUGGUGCUCCGAGGAUGGCUUGUUUCUGCAGCAGUAGGAUGGCUAAAGAGUACUAUGCUGCUGAAGAUUAUAGUAACGCAAAGCAGCUUUUCGAGAGUGUUGCUGGUUUAUAUCGUCAAGAGGGCUGGGCAACUGUGCUUUGGGAAAGCUUGGGUUACUUACGAGAGUGCUCGAGGAAACUUGGUUCAGCAAAAGAGUUUGUUGGAUAUUCUCUUGAAAUGGCUGCGUUGCCUAUAUUAACUGACGAAGGGCCAGAAGCCACUGAGAGUAGAAGAGAUUAUUGCCCUGCAGGUCCAGCUACCAUUUCUAGGAGAGUAGCUAUCCAAGAGGAAGUUUUUGCUCUAGUAACAAAUGCACAGACACCAGAAGCAGAAGCUGGUGGAGAAAGCAAUCUCCUUUUAACGAAAGACCUACCUCUUUGUCUUAAUAUUGAUUUGACUAGCCCAUUGAGGAUAGUGCUUCUUGCAUCUGUUGCUUUUCAUGAUCAAACUGUGAAGCCAAAUUCACCCACACUGAUCACCGUGUCACUUCUGUCACAACUAGCCCUUCCUGUUGAGAUUGAUCUCUUGGAAGUUCAGUUCAACCAGCCUACAUGCAAUUUCAGAAUCGUUGAUUCCCAAAAAGAUAUUUCCACAGCAGCAUUCAUUUUGGAUGAUCAAGAUGUGCGGCUAGAGACUGCUUUGUUAAAAUUAUUGCCAAAUAAGUGGCUUCGAUUGACUUAUGAAAUCAAAUCAGGACAGAGUGGAAAGCUUGAAUGCUCAUCCAUUGUUGCUAAAAUAAGGAAAAAUCUCAUGAUCUCUUGCCAAGCCGAAAGCCCUGCUACUAUGGAAGAUCUCCCAAUGUGGAAAUUUGAGGAUCGAGUUGAAUCUUUUCCAAUUAAGGACCGAGGACUUUCAUUCUCUGGUCAAAAAGUAAUCCAGGUGGAAGAACCUGAGCCCCAAGUUGAUCUCAUCUUGAAUUCUUUGGGUCCCGCAUUAGUUGGGGAAACCUUCAUUGUUCCCGUCUCUAUCCAUUCAAAAGGCCAUGAAGUCCACUUUGGUGAACUGAAAAUCAAUCUAGUGGAUGCAAGAGGCGGUCUGCUGAUGAGCCCAAGAGAAGCUGAGCCAUUUGAUAGUCACCAUGUUGAGCUAGUCAGCAUCUCAGGUACACCUGAAGAAGAAGAAUCACAAGCAGAUAUUGACAAUAUCAGGAAAAUUCAGCAUUCAUUCGGGGUGGUCUCUGUCCCCGUCUUGAGAGAGGGACAGUCAUGGUCCUGCAAUUUAGAGAUUAAAUGGCAUAGGCCCAAGUCUGUCAUGCUCUAUGUUUCACUUGGUUACUCACCAAGUUCGGAUGAAGCGACCCUCCAGAGAAUUAAUGUACACCGGAGCUUGCAAAUAGAAGGAAAAAUCCCUGUAAUCAUAAGCCACAGAUUUAUGGCCCCUUUUCGCAGAGAACCUCUGCUGCUCUCCAAGAUCAAGUCGUUGACAAUUAGUGAUCAAAAGGAGUCUCUCGCUUGGAAUGAAUCAAGCACACUUAUAGUGACUGCAAGAAAUAGCACCGAGGUGCCUUUGCGACUAACUUCAAUGUCAAUCAAACUUGAGGGUGAGUCGGAUGACAAGAAUUUCUGCUCUGUGCAUCAAAUUGGAGGAGGAAUUUCUCCGGAAAAUGCCCUUCUGGUCCCAGGUGAAGAUUUUAAAGGGCUCUUUUCAGUCAAACCAGAGAUUGAUUGCCCAAAACUCGGAUUAGGCACUGUUUAUGUCAGCUGGGUAAGAGACUCAAAACGUGGGGAGAAUCAACAUACUAUUGCAACAAGACAGAGGUUGCCUGAUAUUAAUGUGGAGAAGCCACCGCUUGUUGUUUCGAUGGAGUGUCCUCCGCAUGCUAUUCUUGGCAUUCCUUUCUCUUUCUAUGUAAAGAUCAGAAACUCAACCAGCUUGCUUCAGGAAAUCAAGUAUUCUCUUGGAGAUUCUCAAAAUUUCGUGUUGUCGGGUCCGCACAAUCAUGCUGCUUUUGUUUUGCCGAAAACUGAGCAUCUUAUUAGUUACAAGCUUGUACCAUUGAGCUCAGGACCCCAACAGUUGCCGAGGAUCACCGUUGCCUCAGUCAGAUAUUCAGCUGCGUUGACCCUCUCAGUUGCAGCGGCAACAGUGUUUGUGUAUCCUACUGAGCCUAAAUUUGGUUUGGAAGGGAGCAAAUCAGAAGUCGUUGUGUGAGCACUCUUUUGGUGAGUUUGCAUGAUUCACCAAUUGCUAGGUCUGAUGGUCUAAGCCUGCAUUUGUGAGUCCCAGUUUUCUGGUGUAAUAUUAUUCACUACAGCUGCCGGCCUGCCACAGUUACAUAGUUCAAGCCAAUUGGUAUGUAAAGAGCUUAUUACAAUCUGCACCGGGCUUUGUCAUUCUUUGCGAUUCUUAAGUCUCUUCACGGUGGAUUAUGAAACCAUCCAUCGUCUGAUUUAUCAGUCACUGCUUGUUUAUUGAUUUAUUUCCCCUUACCUGGGGGGAACUAUUCUGUGAGGUUUUUUGUUUUUUUCUCUCAUUUUUGGGUUGGGUGAGGUGUUGAGGGUAUUGGUUAGAGUUGUAAGUUGUAACUUAAACAAAGGCAUUUGAUAGAAACAUGAUAAAUAGUUGGUUCUUUCUCAAAGAGACCGUAGUGAAAAUACCAAUCUUAUUCGCA